AUGAACAUGAACAUAGUGGUGGAACGUGGUCCCUCUGACAUGGCGGGGCAUCUUUUGGCUAUAUUCCCAAGAAUGGGUAUACUCACCUACGAAGAUGUGCAUGUGAACUUCACACAGGAAGAGUGGGCUUUGCUGGAUCCUUCCCAGAAGAGUCUGUACAAAGAUGUGAUGGUAGAGACCUAUGGGAAUCUUACUGCUAUAGGCUACGUUUGGGAAGAUCAUAAUAUUGAAGAAUUCUUUCAAAGAUCUAGAAGAUAUGAAAGGUAA